AUGAAUUUAGUGAUAGAAAUAUUAACAGGGACAUUAUUUCACAUUCGAGUAACCGAAGAUAUAAGUGUUGCAGAUUUGAAAAGAGAAAUAAGCAAUCAAGAAAAACUUCCGGAGAAUCGUUUGAUUCUCAUGUUGGAUACUGGUGAUGGAGAUUCGAUCAUGUUCAAUGACGAUGAAAUUCCCCUUGCGGAGUAUGGAGUAAAAGAUGGAUCUCAUUUUUACUUGUUUUUUAAGCUUCCGAAUAAUAAUAAUAACAAUAAUAAUGGUGAUGGUGAUAAUGUCAGUAUCGUCAAUCCCGAGACUCCGGUUUCUCAAGGCCAUUCUGUUGCUUCUGCUGCAAAAUGGAUAGAGGCAGAUUCAGAAUUUUAAGUCACAGAGUAAUAGUACCUUUUUUUCGGUCAAUAAG